AUGGUCCUUGCACGCAAGUGGGAUAGCAAUCGGCACGUGUGUUUUGUCAAACAGUGUUCGGAAGGACCAUCUCUUGGUUACCUUGACAACGUAAUGUCUAGAUUCGGACACCAUCUCUCUCCAAAUGAACGCUCUUCCUUCUCAACUUCCAUGACUCCACAUCUACAGAGUGCUACUCCUGGCGCCUUUAAUCCUCAACAUAUUGUUGUUGGAGGAACCACUAUACCAGUCACAACAGCCACCAAUACAACAGUGUCACCUACUACCACCCUUUCGCUUGGCUAUGACGUCCAAAGCAACACCUGA